AUGAAAUACUUAGCUGCUUAUUUGUUGUUGACCCAAGGUGGCAAGGAAUCCCCAUCUGCUGCUGACAUCAAAUCUGUCAUUGAAUCUAUUGGUGUUGAAGCUGACGAUGCCAGAAUCAACGAAUUGCUAUCCUCUCUACAAGGUAAGGGUUCUUUGGAUGAAAUCAUUGCUGAAGGUCAACAAAAAUUCGCUUCUGUUCCAGCUGGUGGUGCUGCUUCCGCUGGUGCUGCCGCUGGUGGUGCUGCCGCUGGUGGUGAUGCUGCUGCUGAAGAAGAAGCUGCUGAGGAAGAGAAGGAAGAAUCCGAUGACGACAUGGGAUUCGGUUUAUUCGAUUAA